CGAAUAUGACGCCCACGACGGCUUAUUCAGAGGUGCCGCUCGUAACAAUGGCCAGUGUUGGCAGCCCUCCCGGAGCUAAUGACGACCAGCAAGCGCUAUUGUCGAUCCCAGGCACAGAAUCCUUGGGCAACAGACGCGUUUCCGUAUACAUUAAGGGUAGAGGUGGAUUAUAAAUGAUUGAUGAACUAUUACGAUUUCUGACUCCAGUCGUACCUCCUCAAGUUGUACUUGUCCAGAAUACAAGUAUGUUCCUCAACUUGUACUUGACGUAGCGCUGCGUUGUACCCAUCAUAUUUAUAUUUUUCUACAUGGUAAGAAGCCUCGACGGUGAUUGAUCCAAGUAUCACCUGAAUAGGUUACACACUUCUUCGGCCAGUUUUUUACCGUCGCAGGGAAAGUUUCGUCUUGCUAGAGCAGGUAGUAGAAUUGGAUCAUGAUACUUACAGCAUCUUCUGAUGUGUAAUGGGUCUGUGUUGAAGAUCUGCAUUCGUAUAUUUCGUUUGUGUCAGAUGAGAAUGAAUCAUGCUCUAAAUAUAGCAAGGCGGAGCAAGACGGCAUCGCCAAAUGUCUCGAGAUCGUUGAAAAAACUGCGGAGAAGCGAAAGAAAGACGGCUUCAAUGACCAGACGUUUGCUAUUGUUACGGUUCAAAGAGACGCGUCAUAUUUGUUAGAUAGGACGUUCCCUCCACUUCACCGCCACAUCAAGACUAAAAAAUAAAGUUUUUAUCUUGAUGUGGCGGUGACGUGGAGGGGACAUCCUAUCCUUACCCUAAUCCGAAUCCUAGUCCUAACCCUAACCCUAACCCUAAAAACCCUAACCUAUCCUAUUUGAUCAUGUCGUGGGAGAAAGAGAAUAACAAUAAGGCUGCUUUUCUUAUUCUAUGACGGACUGAACAGUGUUGCUUUUCUAACUCUGUCUGUUGUACAACCAUGCUCAGUGAUGAUUAAGGCUUCCCCUAAUCCAUCCCUGUAGACAUCCCUCAAACAUAUGCGUCCCAAUACAAGGGAGAUACUGACGCAUAUGCUUGAGGGAUUCCCACAGGGAUGAAUAGGGGAGAGCUCUAAGAUGAACAUGGUUGAACAACAUUCUAGUGACUGAAUGAAAGCCAGUGUUCUAGAUGAAGAACAUUAUGGAGGCAUUUACCCGACCGAAAAAACUCUAACGCUGGCGUGCUGAACACGCUUUUAGUGACAUACAUUUUCGCGCGCUACCCGCAGCACUUCUGGAUCCUAUACAUCGCGGAAGGUAGCAAAUCUUUACAUUCUUGA